AUGUAUCUAUCUAUGUUCAUAUCUAUCUAUCUAUCAAUCUUAGACUGUUCAUAUCUAUCUAUCUAUCUAUCUAUCUAUCUAUUUAUCUAUCUUAGGCUAUUCAUAUCUAUCUAUCUCAGACUGUUCAUAUCUAUGAAUCUAUCUAUCUCAGACUGUUCAUAUCUAUCUAUCUAUCUAUCUAUCUAUCUAUCUAUCUAUCCCAGUCUUUUUCUUUCUUUCUUUCUUUCUUUCUUUCUUUCUAUCUAUCUAUCUAUCUAUCUUAGACUGUUCAUAUUUAUCUAUCUAUUUAUCUACCUUAGGCUGUUCAUAUCUAUCUAUCUAUCUAUCUAUCUAUCUAUCUCAGUUUGUCCAUAUCUAUCUAUCCUUCUAUCUAUCUGUGUGUCUGUCUGUCUGUUUGUCUCUCUUUUCACGAUUUGUCAAAGAGAAUCUCUCUCUCUCUCUCUCUCUCCCUUUUUCUUAAUGAUCAGUCUAUCUAUAAACAAAGAAAAGAAAAUCUCUAUUUCUCGCUCCCAAACUGAAUCUCCCUCUCCCCUCUCGAAGUUUAGACUCUCAUCCUAUUUUUCUAUCUCCCAUCUCUCUCUGUCUAAAGGACAUUCUCUCUUUCUCUCUAUUUCUCUCAAAUACUCUCUCUCUCUCUAUCUAUAUAACUCUCAUAAUCUCUCUCUUUCUGUUUAUCUUUCUCUAAUGCACUGUGUCUCUCAACUCUCUCUCUCUUAA